GUCAAAGGAUAAUAAUGAAUUGCAAAAUAUUUAAUACUCUAGAUUUCACUUCAGGUGUUUGUCAAUAUCUGAUCCUCACAUGAAAUGGAUUUUCAUUUUAGUCACAUGAUCAGCAUAUGGGCAUCAGUUGUAUUACGACUUGCUUUCACUUCUGCAUAAGUGGAUACAGUUGUUCAUCACUGCACACUGACACUGACUUUUAGACACUCUUUAGUCUUCUCUCAUCAACUGGAUUUAAGAUUGUUUUGGCUUGCUACCAAUGGGAGUGUUGAAGAUAAAUGCAGUGCUUAAUAUGACUUUGUUGCAAAAUGUGCUCCUAUUUAGUCAACUUCUUCCAAUAGUGAGAACAAGAAAUCCCGUCUUCUUCCCUUGUGACAACGAUGUGAACAUCACCACAGUAUACUGCUAUGAUAGACCACUCGCCUAUGUUCCUAACAUCAAAUCAACCACUGUAGUGUCAAUCGAUUUAAGUCGGACCAAGAUACAGAAAGUGGAAGAAUAUGCCUUCUCAGGUGUCCCAAACCUUGAGACUCUCAAAAUAAUGUGGAACUGUCUACCAGAUCACCUACGAGCUUUUGAUGACCACUCAUGCAAAAUGGAGAUCCACUAUGAUGCCUUCCGCAGCCUGGUGAAGCUUCAGUUUCUUUAUUUGUCAGGAAACAGCCUCACCUCUUUACCCUGGUUACCUAAAAGCCUGAGGGUUCUUGAUCUAGAAAACAACCGCAUCUUCAACAUCGUCCACCCUUUAAGAAUACCAGUUCUGGAAAAGCUCCUCCUCAGCAAGAACUGUUUUUAUGCAAACCCUUGCCACCAGCCCUUUUACAUCAGCGAAGCCGUUUUGAGAGGACUUCCUAAUCUUAAAAAUCUUACUUUAGGAUAUAAUAAUUUUACAGCCGUCCCUACAGGGCUGCCACCCUCACUGGAGAGUCUGGAUUUAAGAGAGAAUGCAAUCACAGAAGUCUUAAAUGGGACGUUUGCCAAUCUGACGGUUCUCAAGCAUUUAAAUUUAGAGUGGAAUUGUCAGCGCUGUGACCAUGCAGCCCGGCCCUGCUUUCCUUGUCCCCAUAAUCAAUCCCUCCACCUGUACCCCAACUCACUCUACGCAGAGAACAGCUCUAUUACCUACCUAAGCUUGAGAGGGAACUCUCUGCGUACAUUUCCAGAGGGACUUUUUCAACCAUUGAGGAAUUUAGAGAGAUUGGACCUUUCCGACAACCUCCUGGCAUAUGCCAUUCGUAAUGGCACCUUCUUCAGAGAGCUGACGAGUCUGACGUGGAUUAGCCUCAUCUAUAACUAUGAGCCAAUGAUGACAUUUCCUGAACUGAUCCUCUCACCACAUCUUAGCAAUGUCUCUGGGCUACAAUAUCUUCUUCUCAGUGGGAACUUUUUUCAGUCACUUUCAGGACAAAGCCUUGAAGUUCUUUCUACACUUCACAAGUUGAAGAAAUUGGAGCUGCGAAUGAACUUCAUCAACACAUUCAACAUAAGUGCUCUGAGCCAUUUACCUUCCCUUACCAAAGUUGACCUCUCGCAAAACAUGCUUAACUUCCUCCCAGUCUGCUCCAGGCCAAUAUGCUAUUGUGGUCCACUGUCUGAGUAUGUAUCACAACAAAUCUCUCAGAAUCAGAACUUGUAUACAAAUCAUAAUUUCCCUGACACCCCGCUUAGGCUUAUAGAUCAAAAGGUCACCAGAAGUGACCCCUGGGAACCCAACCAAACCUACUUGUUGGAAAGGUUGGAGGACAAUGUCGCACAAAUUCUAACAAUAUGGGACUUUAGGAAUUAUUACUGCCAACAAAACCUGACAUUUGACCUCUCUCAAAAUGACAUUCUUUCUCUUAACAAAGAUGUCUUUAUAGGUAUGGAAAAUGCUGUUUGUUUAGACCUUUCCUACAACUACAUGAGCCAGACUUUGAAUGGUAAGCAGUUUGAUAACAUGAAAAACUUAGUUUAUCUGAAUAUGGCAUUCAAUAGAAUUGAUCUUUAUUACGGAGAAGCCUUCGCUGAGCUUAACACAACUCUGAGGAUACUGGACCUAAGUAACAAUGAGUUUCAUUUCCAAAUGAAGGGCAUGGGCCAUCGCUUUAAGUUUAUCCAUAAUCUAAACAAUUUGGAGGUCCUAAGUCUGGCAAACAAUGGAAUUGGGAUGCGAAUAGAUCAUCGAUUGAGCAGCAGCUCUUUGAUGUACCUCUAUUUCUCUGGAAAUCAUUUGGACAUCAUGUGGGACUCCAGUGACAACAAGUACAUCCAUUUCUUCCAAGACCUCAAGAACCUAGUCUACCUGGACAUUUCUCAAAAUGGACUGGUGUCAAUCUCACCAGAUGUGCUCUGUAACCUACCUAGAAGCAUUGAGGCUCUCAAACUCAGCAAAAAUAUACUGAAGUAUUUCCCAUGGCGAAACAUUACAGCUCUCCACAAUCUGCGUCACCUCAAUCUCAGUGACAACCGUCUCACUUAUUUGCCUAAUAAAACCAUAGAAUUUGGACCACAUGUCUCUCUCUUGGACCUCAGUCACAACAAGAUUGGCUCUGUUCCUGAAGAGUUCUUUAGUAGGAUGAAAGCGCUGCGUUAUCUCUAUCUCCACAACAACUUAAUCAAAUUGUUGAACCACCAGUUGCUCCCUGCCCCACUAAAGAGUGGUAGUUCCCUUCUUCAUCUCACCCUGCACUCAAAUCCCUUUAAAUGUGGCUGUGAUACUUCUUGGUUUGCAGAGUUCCUGCGUCACUCUCCUGCACAGAUUCCUUAUCUCACCACCCGUGUUUACUGUGAAUUCCCAGAAUCCAUGGAAGGUGACAGUGUGCUGUCCAUUGACAAGCGUUCCUGCCAGGAUAUCUAUGGUAGCUUGGCCUUUAUGUUCAGUUCCUUCUGUGCUGUGGCAUUUAUUGCUCUGCCCCUGCUGAAGCACCUCUAUGGAUGGGAUUUGUGGUACAGCCUGCAGGUGCUGUGGGCAGGUCACAAAGGCUACUCCCAGCUGCCUGGCAGUGACUCCCCCAGUCACUAUGAUGCUUUUGUGGUGUUUGACACAGAGAACCAGGCUGUGAGGGACUGGGUCUACAAUGAGUUAAUCGUCCAUCUGGAGAGCUCAGGUCACAGGAGGUUUUGUCUCUGUUUGGAGGAAAGGGACUGGAUUCCAGGUCUGUCAUGUAUUGAGAACCUCCACAGUGCUGUCUAUGACAGUGUGAAAACAGUGUUUGUGCUGUCCAGUGGUGGUGCUGCAGUGAAUGGUGUGAUACGCCAGGCUUUCUUCAUGGUUCAGCAGAGGCUUCUAGAUGAGAAGGUGGAUGUGGCAGUGCUGGUUCUGCUGGAUGAGCUGUUUCCCAAACUCAAGUACCUUCAACUGAGGAAGCGGUUGUGCAGAAAGUCUGUGGUGUCCUGGCCGAGAAACCCAAAGGCCCAACCACUGUUCUGGAAUAGAAUGAGAAUGGCAUUAUCAUCGGACAACCUUCGAUUCUAUGACAACAACAUGAGUCAAAGUUUCAUAUGACUUUAAACUUCUUCAUUUAAACUAUGACUUUAAACUUCUAAACUCUCUUCAUGAGUCAAAAUUAAGAAUUUUGACUCCUGACCAUCACCUCAUUUGAC